CUGUGGCUGUGGUGCUGUGGUUUUGCUUCGACGUCAAUUUUAGAAAUAUCAACAAUUAGUUUUUGAUAAAAUACUACAUGAACCGUUUGUAAUUCAUAUAAUGAGCUUAAACAAUAUGAAUAUUUGUAGAACAUGUCUUGCUCUAGAAUCUACAAAAAAUAUCCAUGACUUGCCAAAAGGGAUUCAAGAAGAAACAAAAUCUCAUACUGAAAUAAUGCAGUUUUGUGUAGAUAUUGAGAUAGUACCGGACCAAAAGGUUAGUACAAACCUUUGUGAAACAUGUUUUCAAAAGAUUGUUGACAUAUACAAGUUCAAAGAGCAGGCAAUCAAGAAUAAUGAAUAUUUACAAACACAAUCCGUUAUUAAUAUUGACACAAAAAAAUGCUCUUUUGAAGGCGAGAACUCUUUCAAACAAUGUGAUGACGAUUAUAAUGAUAAUUUUACAUACGAAGGCCCACAAAUUGAGGUAAAAAAUGAGGUAGAUGUGAAAGAAGAAACUGAAUCUAGAGAUUUUGAAUCCGAUGAUGAACUACUUAGUACUAUUAAGAAUAUCAAAUAUGCUUAUGUGACUGAAGAUGUUAAGGAAAAUUUGCCAACAACACAAGAUAAAAAGAAAAAAGGGCGUAAGAAAAUAAUAAAGAAGAAAAGCAGAGAGACUCAAAUAUGUGAAGAGUGCGGGAAAAGUGUUAUAAACAUCAAGGCUCAUAUGGCUCUGCAUCAACCAAAGAGUGCACAAAAGAAGUACCAAUGUGAAUACUGUGAUAAAGAAUUUAGAAGUUAUGGCGCCCGCUACAAACAUAUUAAAAUAAAACAUUUUGGUGUCAAGGACCACUGUUAUUUAUGUAAUAAGAAAGUAGUAAGUCUAAAGACCCAUAUACUUAACACGCAUGACACAAGCAGCUUGCCAUUUGAGUGUAAUGUUUGUAGUCGCCGCUUCAUAUCACCGUCCAGGCUGAAGGAACACAUGCUCACACACACCAAGGAGAAACCGUUCAAGUGUGAUCUGUGCAAUAAGAGAUUCGGGAAUAAUCCCCUUUUGAUGAUUCAUAAGCGACAAGUUCAUGAUAAGGAAAAACAUCAUCUGUGUCAGUUCUGCUCUAAGAGCUUUUUCAAGAAGUACGCAUUACAAAGACAUAUAAGGAGUCACUCCAAAGAGAAGCCGUACGAGUGCAAGACAUGCGGCAAAUGGUACUCCUGUAGUACUGUGCUCAAGAACCAUCUGCUUUUACAUGAGAAUGAAAAGAAGUUUAGCUGCAAGUACUGUGAUAUGACAUUCGCUAAUGCGAAAUACAUAUACAAGCACAUGGUGGUUCACACGAAAGAGAAGAAAUACCCGUGCAAGUACUGCGGAGUGAGGUUCGGCAGAUCUGACCAUCGAGCGAGACACGAAAAGACUGCACAUGAAAAACAUUUUACUUCGGCCGCGUGAUUUUAAUAAAUUUACCUAGUUAUAUUUUUUUUAAUUAUUUCCAAGAAAAAGAAAUGAUAGUUAAGAAGGUCCAUACAACUUGUUUUUAACUAAAUGAAACGGGAACCACGGUUGAAAAUUAUACUUAAGUACGUAAGGAAUUAUGUUGAGAAAUGUUGAAAAUAAAUUAUAUUUGUUAUGG